AUGAGACGAUUUCUGAAAAUUUAUUCGGCACGGGAGGGUGCGAGAAGAUGGAUAGCGUUACCCUGGAAAUCUUCUAUUCCCCCCAUAAACGAUCGUUGUUGGGAAGGUAUUGGGAGUUUUGUUGUUCAACAGGCUCUGACUUCAGAUACAGGUCGUUUGGCGUUUGAAGAAUGCUCUGUUGCCAGACAACAGCUUGAAAAUAUUGUUCAAGCUGCAGGAUAUGAUGCGAAUGUUUUUGUAUUUGGUGGAUUGGUGGUCUUGGGUCUUCUAGAAGUAGGAGGAGAUGUGGAUUUCGUAGGUGUGAUGGACGUUGAGCCUGGAGUUGGGGAAGCAGGUGAAAUUGUUUCUCGUUUAUCGAGGGAAAUGCGGCGUCUUGGCAUGAAAAGUAGUGCGUUAUCAAAAGCUCGUGUUCCUGUUAUAAAGGUAGAUCGAGUAAGUAAACUGCUUCCUGGUACGCCGCUUCAUCACCUUUCGGCCUGUGGAUUGUUUCAAUUUACGCGCCAAUUAAAUGAUAAUGAAACGCAAUCCUUUAAAAAACGGAUGCAAGAGAAUUAUGCAGCCA